AUGGAAAGCACCUGGCUACUCCUAGCCUUGGCAUGGCUUGUUGCAUUGGUUUUUCUCUCAAAAGUAUCCACUCACAAACGCCUCAAGCUAAAUCAUCCACCAGGACCAAAACCAUGGCCUAUUAUUGGCAACCUGAACCUCCUCGGUUCAAACCCACAUCAAUCCUUACACUUAUUGUCCCAGAAAUAUGGAGAAAUCAUGCAACUAAAAUUUGGUUCCAGCCCUGUUGUAGUAGCUUCAUCCCCUGAAAUGGCAAAAGAAUUCUUGCAAACGCAUGACAACAUUUUCGCCUCUCGGCCUACAACUGCUGCUGCCAAAUACACUAGCUACAACUGCUCCGGCAUGUUAUGGGCACCAUAUGGUCCACACUGGCGACAAGUUCGUAAAAUUUGUCUAACCCAAAUAUUUAGUCCAAAACGACUUGAUCGCUACGAGAGCAUACGCAUUGAGGAAAGGCAUGCUUUCAUGUCUCGUUUGUAUGCUCUCUCAGGAAAGCCAGUACUUUUGAGAGAUCAUCUAAUCCGUUUUACACUCUCCGCUGCAUGCCAAAUGGUUUUGAGUAACAAGUACUUUGCCCAAUCUGAAGGGGAUGGAUCUGUAGUUACCUUUGAAGAACUCCAAGAGAUGAUAGAUACCUGGUUUUUGCUGGGUGGUGUGUUCAAUAUUGGGGAUUGGAUUCCGUGGCUCGACAGAUUUGACCUUCAAGGUUGCGUAAAGCAAAUGAAAGAACUUUACAAGAAAUUUGAUAGAUUCCAUAACCAUGUGCUUGAUGAUCAUCGGGCCAAGAGGAAAACGGAGAAAGAUUUUAUCCCUAAGGACAUGGUGGACAUUCUAUUGCAAUAUGCUGAAGAUCCUGAUCUCCAGGUUAAACUCACCGGAGAUCAGAUGAAAGGGCUAAUUCUGGACUUACUGGCUGGUGGUACCGAUACCUCGGCGUCCACAGUAGAAUGGGCAAUGAAUGAACUUCUCAAACAUCCACAUCUCAUUGAAAAGGCAACCGAAGAGCUUGAUAGAGUGAUAGGGAGAGAUAAGUGGGUGGAAGAGGCUGAUUUCUCAAAGCUACCUUUUCUAGAGGCGAUCAUAAAGGAAACCUUUAGGCUACAUCCAAUAGCAACGCUGCUUCCACCCCACCAUGCCAUUGAGGAUGGCACUGUAGCUGGUUAUCACAUUCCUAAAGGAACAGUGGUGUUUAUAAACACACGGAGUAUAGGGAGGAACUCAAAGUAUUGGGAUUCUCCUGAAGCGUUCAUGCCAGAAAGGUUUUUGGAGAAGGACAUUGACAUGAAGGGACAAAACUUUGCGUUUUUGCCAUUUGGCUCAGGUCGAAGGAGGUGCCCAGGCUAUAACCUUGGACUCAAACUUGUUCGAUCAACGUUGGCCAACUUGUUGCAUGGAUUCAACUGGAAAUUGCCUCAUGGCAUGAAACCAGAAGAAAUUUGCAUGGAAGAACUCUACGGAUUCAUAACUCAUCCAAGGACUCCAGUUGCUAUGAUCCCAGAACCACGUUUGCCGGUCAAUCUCUACUAGAGAUCGUCUGAUUUAAGGGAAAAUUGAAAUGUGUUCCUUGUUGGCAAAAUAAACCAAACCUACAAAUUGUUAGUGUCAGAUUUUUAGUGGUUGUGUGAUUUAGAAAUUAAUAUUUUAUUUGAUAAUUUCUUAUACAAGUGGUUUCUUUUUCAAUAUAAGUUUGCUAGGUUAUAAAUAAGACAUUAUUUAGUAUAUUUUUCAAGAGAG